CCUUGGACUUGGAUUUGGAUUUGGAUAGGUUCAGGUUCCGCUGAGAGCGCUGUUGACUAGCUGGUAGGUCAAUCAGGAUGAGGCUGAUAUGUUGCUGCCGGACCAGACAUAUGCCGACUAUAACGUGGGCCGCCACCAGCUGCUGACCUACCACAAAAGCAGGAGUCGCGGCUUGAAGUCCAAGCUUUCGCGAUCCAAGAGCUCCGAUGCCAGCAGCAGCAGCUACGAGCGAACAGCGGACUUCUUUGAGAACAUACCGGAUUUUCUAGGGGAUUCCCUUCCGGCCUUUCUGUACAGUCCGCAGGUGCAUCAGGAUGCCCAGCCCAAGAGGCGGAAUCAGGAGGAGGAUGAGGACGACGAUGGAUUGCCAGCGAAGGAUCAGGAGAGCGAGACCACAAGUCAGAGCGACAACUGCGAGGAUGAUGAUGUCCUGCGGCUGUGCGAAGACUUCUUAUGCCGACAUCGCAUGCGACCAGACUUCUUCUGCCAGUAUCACAAGGCAGUCAGUUCGGCAACGCCAUCACCAAAGCAAAGGAAAGCCUCAAUCCCCGAAGUGCAGUGCAAAUCCACAUCCCCACCAGGAAAAGUCAAGCCAAGUCAAGAUAUAAAGGACUUCAAGGCAAGCAGGACCAAAGCUGUGGUGGAGAGGUUUUCCAAGUUCUCGGCCAUUUACACAUUACCUGUGCCCAAAAGAAAGAAGACGUGCAAUAAAACCACAGGAAAUAUAACAGAUGCAUCUUCAUCCAAUGAGGCAGUUCAUCUUCAGCAACGGCUCAAGAGCCUGAGCACCGAGUUGGUUACUCUGCGAAAUCGAUUACAUGUGGGCCAUGGACCAGGUCAAAAUCAGAGUCAGGCAAACGGGUCGCAGUCCCACAGCUCUCCAACUGGACCCAAUGCGGGUCCCAAGGCCAACAAUUUCGAUCUGAAUGCCUCCAGUCCCAAUCUCAACCUGAGUUCCAGCGGUGCUGGACUUUCUGCUACCGCCGUGCAACAGCAUGCCAAUGGACAUCAUUCAGCAUCGAAGAAUCACAACUUCAGCCAGACUCUGCCACCGAACUCAGGCUCUGGGGCAGGAGGAGGAGGCGGAGCUGUGGUGUCGGCGAGGAACACCUCGAUUCCACACCCACUUCCGCACCAGCUGGUCGAAAAGCCGGGUCUGUCGCACCACCAGAGUGGCAGCGGACAUGGUCAGUCCACUGGGACGCUGCCGCACAUAAGCAGCAUGGGAAACAUCCUGGGGCAUGGUUCCCAUUCCCAUGCCCCGGUCAACACCAACUCUAACACUCUGCCUAUGCGCACCUCCAACUCUGGACACCUGGGCACCAAUGGUGUAGGCGGAGGGCAUCACCUCAGCCACGCCCACAGCCAACAAUUGCCAUUUAUCCCGCAGCCGAAGCACGCGAAUCCUUGCCAGAGUGUGAAGACAUUGCCGUUUGGAUUCGGAUUCGCUGGGGGUCAACAGAAGCUGCAGCAGCAGCAGGCCAACUCUCAGCCAAAGGACAUGCAGGACCUUAUCCACUUAUCCGGACCGCUCACCGAGCAUGCUGUAAUGCGAACGCUGCAGGCCCGCUUCAACGAGCAGCGGUACUUUACGAAUGUCGGUCCGAUCUUGCUGUCCAUCAACCCGUACCUGGACGUUGGCAACCCUCUGACCCUCACCUCUACCCGCGCCAUGCCACUGGCACCGCAACUUCAGAAGAUCGUCCAGGAGGCAGUGCGUCAGCAAAGUGAGACUGGAUAUCCGCAGGCCAUUAUCCUUUCGGGAACAUCGGGAGCUGGAAAAACAGCCAACGCAAUGCUGAUGCUGCGCCAGCUUUUCGCCAUUGCCGGCGGAGGUCCUGAAACAGAUGCCUUCAAGCAUUUGGCCGCUGCCUUUACAGUCCUGAGAUCCUUGGGAUCGGCAAAGACCACCACCAACUCGGAGUCGAGUCGCAUUGGCCAGUUCAUCGAAGUACAAGUUACGGAUGGUGCUCUCUAUCGCACUAAGAUCCACUGCUACUUCUUGGACCAAACGCGCGUCAUCCGUCCGCUGCCGAAGGAGAAGAACUACCAUAUAUUCUACCAACUGCUGGCGGGUCUCAGUCGAGAGGAGCGCCAGAAGUUACAUCUGGAGGGUUACUCGCCAGCCAAUCUUCGUUAUUUGCGAGGAGACACUGGCCAGAAUGAGCCGGAAGAUGCCUUGAGGUUCCAGGCUUGGAAGACUUGUCUCGGCAUACUGGGCAUUCCAUUUUUGGACGUUGUUCGUGUCCUUGCCGCUGUUUUGCUGUUGGGAAAUGUUCAGUUCAUUGAUGGUGGGGGCCUCGAAGUGGACGUAAAGGGAGAAACAGAGCUGAACUCGGUGGCCAGCCUUUUGGGCGUUCCGCCGGCAGUCCUAUUCCGUGGACUGACUACCCGGACUCAUAAUGUUCGUGGCCAGCUGGUGAAGUCGGUUUGUGGCGACGGCGAUGCCAACAUGACGCGGGAUUGUCUGGCAAAAGCGCUUUAUUGUCGCACGGUGGCCACUAUUGUCCGUCGGGCCAACAGUCUGAAACGUCUGGGAUCCACACUGGGCACUCUCAGUUCGGACUCCAAUGAAUCGGUGCACAACCAAGCGGAUGCCGCCUCCCAACACGCCUCCACGAUUGGCGGCGGCAACGCGGGGUCCAAAUCAAUGGCUGCCCUUAAUAAUGCAGUGCGCCAUGCCACCGAUGGAUUCAUAGGAAUCCUUGACAUGUUCGGUUUCGAGGAGCCCUCGCCACACGCCCAUCUGGAGCAUCUGUGCAUCAAUCUAUGCGCCGAGACCAUGCAGCACUUCUACAAUACGCACAUCUUUAAGUCCUCGGUGGAGUCAUGUCGCGAUGAGGGCAUCGUGUGCGACACAGAAGUGGAUUAUGUGGACAAUGUCCCCUGCAUCGACCUGAUAUCCUCUCUGAGAACUGGUCUGCUAAGUAUGCUGGACGCUGAGUGCUCAGUUCGGGGCACUGCAGAGAGUUAUGUGACCAAGUUGAAGGUGCAACAUCGCAGCUCCACUCGCUUGGAGACGAAACCCACCGCAGAACCCCAUGAUCCGCGUAUGUUCCUUAUCCGACACUUUGCUGGGCGGGUUGAAUACGACACCACCGACUUUCUGGACACCAAUCGGGAUGUGGUUCCCGACGAUUUGGUCAGCGUUUUCUACAAGCACACCUGCAACUUCGGCUUCGCCACCCAUCUCUUUGGCUCCGAGCUGAAGGCUCUCUAUGCUCAGCCGCAGGCACCGCGUGGCUUAAGCUUCCGGAUCUCGCCCACCUCGCAUUCGGAUCUGCUGAACGGAGAUGAGCCAGUGUCCACGUUGACACAGGACUUCCAUACCAGGUUAGACAACCUGCUAAGAACCCUGGUGCAUGCACGUCCACACUUUGUUCGCUGCAUCCGCGGCAACGGAAACGAGGCUGCUGGAAGCUUUGAUCGGGCCACAGUAGUACGACAGAUAAGAUCCCUGCAGGUUCUGGAGACGGUCAACUUGAUGGCCAGUGGGUUUCCGCAUCGCAUGCGCUUCAAGCAGUUCAACGCCCGCUAUCGGAUGUUGGCCCCGUUUCGUCUUCUACGCCGCAGCGAGGACAAGGCUCUGGAGGAUUGCCAGUUAAUCCUGCAGUACGCCAUGGAGCAAACACCUGUGCUGGAUGGAUCUGUUACACUGGCCUGGGCUCCCGGCAAGCGUCAUGUUUUCCUUAGCGAGGGCAUACGCCAGCACUUGGAACAUUUGCGGACAGAGAUCCGGCACAAGAGCGCCACUCUAAUGCAGGCCACCUGGCGUGGCUGGUGGUGGCGUAAGAAGGUGGGCAGUGGCGCGGCCAAGCGCUCCAGGGCCGCAGGUCAUCCACAGACUCAGUCGGCUCCUCUUCCGGUUACGAAGACAACACAGAACUCCACUGCGCAGAACAAGGCCGCAGCAUCCACAAUGGCGGCCCUUGCCGCAGUGGCAGCUGCAGCUCCCAGUUCAGUACCACGUCUUUCGGCCAAGUCAACGAGCUUGGGCAUCAGUGGAGCAGUGACCAGACCCAGACCACAGCCCAUCGCUGGAACUCCUCCGCCGGAUCCGCAAGAGAAGUGCGACCAGAAGAUCAUACAACAAACCUGUAACCUUUAUGGACUGGAUUUGGAACGUCCACCACCCGUUCCACCGUCUCGAUCCUACACGAUCACCGGCAACUCUAAGCUGGGCUACCCCCAGAGUCGGGUCAUGAAAAUGAGCUUUCCCGAGGAGAGCCAAUCGGAUGCACAGCAGCUAAAGAAAGGCGAGAUAGUGACCGUAAUGGGGGCGUCCACUGGGCGGGGUCACCUGCUGGUGGAGCACAAGGGCCAGAGCUUUAAUGUGCCCUUCCAAUAUAUGGAACUCAUUACUUCGGAGACUGCUGGUGGAACCAAUCUGGCUCCCAUUCCGGCUGGCCAAUCUACUGGUGUAAAAAUUUGAACAAAAGAUAUUGGGGUACCAUCGGACUAUAACCCACAUCUUUCAAGACUGUAAAUAAUCCACUUGGUAGACUUAAGAACAACCAUUAUUAUUAAGAAUCGCAUGCUAACUGAGGUGCUAUAACUGGCCCCGGAUUUACGUAGUAUUAUUAAUUUCGUGUUUAUAAAUAAACGCCAAUCGAUAGGUUGUAGCUUCAAUUACACACCCACAAGUGCCAAUCAAAUAAGUUCUUCCAUGUAUUUUAUAAGUAUUUUGUAUGUUACUGAGAUUACUUUAUCCAUCGUUAAAGGCCAAUACACUAAGUUCUUAAUUAAGUUUCAACAAAUCCAUUCAAACUUAUAUUUGCAUACAUUCUAGAGUUGUGUAUUUUCUUUCAUUAAGGUUCAUCAUUCAAAUAAACCAAGCAUGUAUUGAAA